AUGGCGGUGAGAAGUACGGCAACAACCGUUCUGAUUACGGCUGGCAGGAUCUAUGAGGACCGCAAGCACGUUCCUUCAGUGCGGAUUGACUGGUGUCUGUGUUGCCUUACCGCUGUGUACUCGCCUUCCCUAAUAAUGGAUUGUGCCAAAUGUGCUCGCGCUCUGCCGGCAGAUGGCAGAUCCCUGACGUGUGCAUCUUGCCGAAGGGGUUACCAUCUUGGUAAGUCCUGUUCCGGCGUCGCAGAUGGGACGUACGCGGGGAUGGGCGCUGUGAGGCGAGAAACUUGGAAGUGUUCCACUUGCCGUACCGGCGCCUCCCUCAGACAAUCCGAUCUUAGCGGUGACAUUUCAGUAGAUGAAUCCUCCCGUACCGACGGCAGCAGGGAGGAGAUUGUAGAUUAUGCACCCUUCACCAGUCAGUUGGCAUCAAUCAAUGCCACUCUUAACCAGCUCCUUUCAUUGAGGACAAGUGUGGAGACGCUGUUGCCUCUUCCAUCUAAGGUUGAUCAGUUGUUGGCCUUAAAACCAGCUGUCGAAGAGCUUCGCAACACGGUCCAAGGAUUACAAACGACUGUUGACUCUUUUAGCUUGAAGUACGAUUCCGUGCUCGCUCUGGCUAUGACAAAUGAAGAGGCAGUUAAAGAAAUUCAAAAGGAGGUUAACACGGUUAAGGCAACAAUGACAGAGCAGUCGGAGACCAUUGAGAGACUGAAAGACGAGCUUAAUGACAUGCAACAAUACAGCCGUCGUUCCAACAUGGAACUGCAUGGUUUUCCGCUCUCUCACGGUGAGGAUCUAAUGAAGGUCAUAAGUGAUCUCGCUAGGCCCCUUAACCUUCCAACACCUCAGUCGUCAGAUAUCCUGGCAAUUCACCGUCUGACCAAAAAGCCGGACUCAGUUCCGGUUAUUUUGAUUCGCUUCGCCUCUGUCACCCUAAAAGACGCUUGGAUGGCGGCACGUGGUAGACUUCACAGGCUGUGCCAAUCAGAAAACCAACCAAAGCUAUUCUUCAACGACAACCUUACAUCUCCUAAACUGCCAGUGCAGCUGUGCAAAAAACUGCCGAACGAUAAAACGCUAGUAAAGCUCCGUAGUUCGAUAUCUGGCCUGAACAGCGUUUAUUUAGUCUUACUCGGAUCCUGCAUGCAGUGA